UGUACUGGCCCAGGAUUUUGGCAAAGGGCACUUCUUUGUCACUGCCUUCACUGCAUAACUCAGCCACAAGCUUCUCAUGUGACUGUGCUGCCUAGAGGUCACCUUCAGACACCUUGGAGGGUCUAUAGUAGGUAAACUUAGAUAAGCAAAUAGAAAUUAGUUUUAUCAGCACAGGUGGUUAGCAGUGAUGGGACGUAGGGCAGAGUGUUUUACAAAGAGAAGCACAUAUAAGAGAAGGAUGGGAAAUUCUAUACUUGAAAACACUGGGAUCUUUGGACAGUGGAGACGUGGACAGGACAGGAGAGUGAGAUGGCCUGGUUUACUCUCUAUCUCCUGAACUUUCUUUGGGCUAUGGCUAGGACCAGUAUGCAGGUCCAAAGUUCAUGCUGUGAGUAUGAUGUUUUUUUUUUUUUUCCAAAAAAGUCAGGAGAUCAGUUGUCCAGGCAAGAGGUAGAGACCUCACUGAGGUUUGCUGAUGAGAAAGUGGUUGAAAACAGUCAUAACUAUAGAAAUUCCAAAAGGAGUAAGACAGGGUGUGAGCAUGUGCAGUUCAUCUUUCCUGACUUAAGAGCACAAGCUCUUUGAGAGGCAAGUCUAUGCACUUUGUUGUAAGAAAUUGAAAUACUGUUGCAGAGGUGAUGGUUGAUGGCACAAAGAUACUUUGUGGCUUUUGUGAUCAGAUGCUGCUACUUGUGGGAGAUUUUGGCACUCGCUGAGAACCGGUCAUAUCCCAUAACUUUAAUAUUCUUCAUGAAAGUGAAAAAAAAUGGACUCAAGGAAAUUAAAGAUUUCUAGGAAUGCAAUGGAGAUAAUGUGAAAUGUUGUGGUUCCCUCAGCAGAAGAGCCCUUGGUUAACAGCAUACAAGAGCUCAUGGAGAACUCCGUGACCUCGUCAGCCUUCCCCAACCCCAGUGUCCUGAUCGCCAUGAACCUGGCCGGAGCCUAUGGCUUGGAAGCCCAGAAGUUCCUCACUGAUAAGCUCAUGGACAGUGACACCAAUGAUCUAACCACUGGUCAGCUCGCCCUCACCAUUAUGGCCCUCACCUCUUCCUGCCAGGACCCUGGGAAACGAGUAUCCCUUCUACAAAGACAAAUGGAGAACUGGGCACCUUCAACUGAAGCUACAUCCUUCUAUGGGCCCAGUCUGGCAAUCUUAGCACUCUGCCAGAAGAAUCCUGAGACCACCUUACCAAUAGCGGUCCGCUUUGCCAAGGCCCUGUUGGCCGAUUCCUCUCCCUUCAAUACAGACACAGGAGCAGUGGAGACCUUGGCAUUGACCUGUAUGUACAACAAGAUCACUGCAGGUUCAGAGGAAAGUUACAGAACCCUCUUUGGUCAGGUACUAAAGAAUAUUGUGGAGAAUAUCAGCACAAGGAUCAAAGACAAUGGCAUCAUCGGAAACAUCUAUAGUACUGGCCUCGCCAUGCAGGCUCUCUCUGUGACACCUAAGCAACCUAAUAAGGAGUGGGACUGCCAGAAGACCAUGGAUACAAUGCUUGAUGAGAUAAAGCAGGGGAAAUUCCACAACCCCAUGGCCAUUGCCCAACUCCUCCCUUCACUGAAAGGCAAGACAUACCUAGAUGUAGCCCACGUGACUUGUACCUCUGAUCAUGAAGUGCAACCAACUCUCCGCAAUGAGCCUAGUCCUGUCCCCGCCUCAGCAUCCAACAUCACUGUCAUAUACACAAUAAAUAACCAGCUGAGAGGGGUAGAGCUGCUCUUCAAUGUGACCAUCGAUGUUAGUGUAAAAAAAGGAUCCGUGCUGCUUGUUGUCCUAGAAGAAGCACAGCGCAAAAGUUCCACGUUCAAAUUUGAAACCACAAUGACAUCCUGGGGCCUUAUGGUAACUUCUAUUAACAAUAUUGCUGAAAAUGCUAAUCACCAUACGUACUGGGAGUUCCUUAGUGGUAAAAAACCUUUGACUGAAGGGGUUGGUGACUAUAUACCCUCCAACCAAGAGCACAUCACAGCCAACUUCACACAGUACUGAAGAGGAAGUGUGUGCAAGCUCCACCCAACCUCUCCAGAGGAGAGGUGGAAUUUUUCUCACUUCGUUUCCAAUCUGUGCAAAAAAUUGUUGAUAGCCACAGUGCUACCAUAUUACUGGUAAAAAGGUAGAAAUUAGUACGUAAAUAAAAGAUGCAAAAUUCCCUGGGGUCUUAACAUCUGUGACCCAUGGAAAAAAAAAUCCAGCUUCUCAAGG